AUUGGUCCAGAUCAGAUAGACGCAUUAUAUCAGUAUCCUAAGUUCCAGUUUGAGUGUGGUAACUAAUCGGGUGCUGCUGAUUAUCUGCAUCAGUAUCGAGCUUUAUGUACUAACAGCGAAAGGAGUUUGAGUGCUUUCUGGGGGAAGCUGGCAGCUGAGAUACUUAUGCAAAACUGGGAUAUUGCUCUCGAAGAACUCAACUGUUUGAAAGAAAUAAUCGAUUCCAAGAGUUUCUCAUCACCUUUGAACCAAGUUCAGAGUAGAACAUGGCUUAUGCAUUGGAGCCUCUUCAUCUUUUUCAACCAUGACAAUGGAAGAACUCAAAUCAUUGACCUAUUUAACCAAGACAAGUAUCUAAAUGCUAUUCAAACCAGUGCUCCUCAUCUCUUAAGAUACUUGGCUACUGCUUUUAUUGUCAACAAAAGGAGAAUACCUCAAUUCAAAGAAUUUAUCAAGGUUAUCCAGCAAGAUCAGUGCUCUUACAAAGAUCCCAUUACAGAGUUUUUGGCAUGUGUUUAUGUCAACUAUGAAUUUGAUGGAGCACAGAAGAAGAUGAAGGAGUGUGAAGAAGUGAUAUUGAACGAUCCCUUCCUAGGAAAAAGAGUUGAAGAAGGCAACUUUUCUACUGUGCCAUUGAAAGAUGAGUUUCUUGAGAAUGCUCGCCUAUUUAUCUUCGAGACAUACUGCAGAAUUCACCAGCGUAUUGACAUGCGGGUGCUUUUCGAGAAAUUGAAUUUAAAUUACGAGGAGGGUGAGAGAUGGAUUGUCAAUCUCAUCCGAAACUCAAAGCUCGAUGCCAAGAUUGAUUCAGAGACAGGAACCGUCAUUAUGGAGCCUAAUCAACCCAACAUUUAUGAGCAGCUGAUAGACCACACCAAAGCUCUCCAAGGGCGGACCUACAAGCUAGUUGGCCAGCUUCUUGAGCAUGCGCAGGCACAGCCUGCUUGAUAAGAGAAGUUGGUUGAAAAUCAUGCAAUUUUGAUUGUUCAUUUCCUUAAGACUAAUUUAAUAGUGGUUCCAGUUUCUGAUUAGGAACAAAGACUGAGA